UAGUCCCAGUCUGGAACUUAAAACGGUUAACCUGUUGAGUGUUGAAUUUAUAAACUAAAAUCUAACAUUUGUGCUAGUGAGCAAGUUUUUAUUUAAAAAAGAUAACGCAGCCAAAGUAUCCGGUUGAGAGAUCCAAUGCGUUGAUGUAUGAACAACUUAUUUACGUUUCUUGCUUUAAUUAUCGACGAAUAUGUUGCAAAUUGGAGGAAACAUCGUCUGGAGCUUCAUACAGGCCGUAGGCCGGUGUAGAAUCCAGUCUAGAUUUGGCUGCCACAUACUGGCACUGGUGUUGCGGAUUAUAGCAUUAUUAUUUCAUUGGUCCCACGUGGAAACCGGACGUAUUGAAAAGGCUCACAGGCAGUGAAAAAGACACACGUGGAAAACAAAUAUGCAGCAAUGCACGAAAAAAGUGAAAAAAUCUUAUCAUUUCUAUCGCGCGUAAUCGAAUUAUGAAAUCGUUAAGUUAAGUGAAUAGUGGGAAAAUGGGUGCUAGUCAGUUGAUGGCUUUUCUUGUGUUUAUCACAUUUGUGAUUGAUUGUGUGAUGCUUGUAGCGCCGAAUAAUCAUAAGAAAUAUUAUUUAAUUGUGUUGUUAUUUAUUUUGUGUAAGUUGAUCGAAAUGGCGGUUCCGGUGAGUCUAGCGGCGAAUUUGAAUGCUACGACUGCCGAUCUUUUUGAUAAUAAUGAAUUAAAUGGGUUCACUACCAUGGCAAGAUUCAGGGAUGCCCCACCGGUGAAGGGAUGGAGCUGCUACUGUUGGAAUUCAACAAAUGAAUUUGCGGAGGAACUCGAGUGCAGAUGUGAAGGUGAUGCAUUGCUGCGAAUACCACAGAAACUACAGCUGGGAAUGAAUCGUCUAACCAUAACUAAAGCAGGAUUGCCUUUACUGAGAAAUACUGGAUUGAAAUUAUAUGGAUCUACACUUCGAGAUGUAACAUUGACUGAUCUGAGUAAUUUUGAAUCGAUCCAACCAGGGGCAUUUGAAUCUGUAAAAAAUCUGAGGACGAUAUACAUUUCCCAUGCUCCAAAGUUGGUGUACCUAACAAAAGACGUAUUUUAUGGAAUAGCAGAUACAAUCAAGACAAUACGUAUAAUAAAUACUGGACUAGUGAAAGUACCUGAUUUCAGAUAUCUUUCAACGGGUACAAUAUUGCAUAUGAUUGAUUUAGAAGGCAAUAAAAUUGAUCACGUUGAUAGUUUCUCGGUAAACGUUAAGACUGAGCAAUUGAUACUAGAUAAUAAUGAUAUUACAUCCAUCGCUGACUCCGCAUUUUAUGGUUCAGAAAUAGGAAAACUAAGUUUGAAGGGAAACACAAAACUUCAAUACAUACAUCCAAAGGCGUUCGUUGGUAUUCAUAACAUUCAAGAAUUAGAUUUAUCUAGUACGUCGUUGCUUGCUAUUCCGUGGGAAGGACUGCAGAGCUUGGAGAUACUUCGUAUACAAAGGACUCAUUCUUUGAAAACAAUUCCGUCCAUUUAUGAAUUCAAGAAUCUGCAAGUCGCCUGGCUCACACAUCCUUUCCAUUGCUGUGCUUUUAAAUUCCCAUCAAGACAUGAUCCUGUUCGACAUGCACUUCGCCUAAAAUAUCUCGCUGAAGUUAAGCAAACUUGCUUAGGUAUCACUGCUUCCGGAGCAACGAAAAGUCGCAACGGAGCAACUGAGGUCAAUACUGAUCCCAUCGAAGUGGAGAGAAAGAAUGGAAGAAAAACAAGAAAUGCACCAUUGAUGACGGUUGUUGGAAGUGGCCCUAUUUUUAGUCAAUUCAUAAAUGACAAUAUUAGCUCUCGCCCUAUAAGUUUUCCAAGUUUCCAUGAAUUUGGAAAUCCAACGGUUGAAGCUAUAACAGGCUCAUCUGUUGUAAUUAUAGACGAUGAUAGUCCAUUUCCAGAAGAUUAUCGCAGACAAGAGGAUUUUGGUGAGUUUCAUGAAGCGACUGCAAAUAUCGAGGCAAACCAUCAAUUGGAUGCUAUGUGCGGGAACAUCACUGAAAAGAAAAUUGAUGUUAGUUGUUUCCCAAUGCCCGAUGCUCUGAAUCCUUGCGAGGAUGUGAUGGGAUCUUAUUGGCUGCGAAUUUCGGUGUGGCUCGUCGUGCUUCUGGCGGUUUUUGGUAAUAUCGCUGUUCUCAUUGUUAUCCUAUCCAAUAGAUCCGAUUUCACUGUUUCCAAAUUUCUCAUGAGUAAUCUGGCAUUCGCUGACCUAUGCAUGGGAUUAUAUCUACUCUUCAUCGCUUCUAUUGAUGCUCAUUCCAUUGGUGAAUAUUUCAAUUACGCUUAUGAUUGGCAGUAUGGUACAGGGUGUAAGGUGGCAGGAUUUCUUACUGUGUUUGCCAGUCAUCUCUCCGUUUUCACAUUGACGAUAAUAACACUCGAGCGCUGGUUUGCUAUUACAAAUGCCAUUUAUUUGAACAAGCGAAUUAAAAUGAAGCAGGCAAUGUACAUAAUGAUAGGAGGGUGGAUAUAUGCAUCAUUCAUGUCUUCAUUUCCAUUGUUCGGAAUUAGCAAUUAUUCGUCUACGAGCAUUUGUUUGCCAAUGGAAGCGCGAGACUCCUUCGACGUUAUCUACUUAGUUGCAAUUUUGGCUAUAAAUGGCGCUGCUUUUUUCGUAAUCGCUAUAUGCUAUGCGCAAAUUUAUUUUUCUUUGGGCAAGGAAACACGCAGAGGAAGUCGCCAUACAGGAGAAAUGACGGUGGCUAAGAAAAUGGCAUUACUUGUAUUUACAAAUUUUUCUUGUUGGGCGCCAAUAGGAUUCUUUGGAUUAACUGCACUGGCCGGUUAUCCGCUCAUUAAUGUAACCAAAUCGAAAAUCUUGUUGGUUUUCUUCUAUCCUUUGAAUUCCUGCGCAGAUCCUUAUCUGUAUGCAAUUCUUACCACACAAUACAGACGGGACCUGUACAUUUUACUUUCUAAGCUUGGAAUCUGUAAACGAAGAGCUCGUCAGUACAGAAAUAAUUGCUCACAACCAGCAACAAACACUUCAUAUCCUCUUUCGACAGCACACCGGAGUUCAUUGAAUCCGGCUCAGAAAACGGCUGAGGAUCAUCUUGUUCCGAAGGAAGACUUCGUAUAAUGGACCAUAUCGGGAUUAGAUUUAAUUAAAUAUCAUAGGCUUGGAUGAUAUCAUAUUCCAUUAUGAGUGUUUAUCGAUGUAUGUAUGCAUGUGAAAACUUAAAUCGUCAACAUGUACCAAAUUGAUGUUUAAACGAUGGUGUAGCAAUUAUAAACGGAACUAAUUUUUGUGAGUAGCAUUGUCUGAAUACAUUCCCUUCGGAGGAUUUUUAGCCUCUCAUUAUCUUCCUCAUGAAAAAUUCGCCUAUGACAUUAUCAUUGGAGCCUAAAGUCAUCUUCAAACGCUGUUGUCGAGACGCUUCCUUCCGAGGGGCUCACAAAUAGGAAAAAUAAACAUCCAAUGGCUGCCGCUUUUCGUCUCCUGAAAGUAGGCGUGGAACCCU